CUGUGCUUUGUGGAUAUAGACAACCAUUUCAUCGAGCUGCCAGAAGACUUACCCCAGUUCCCAAAUAAACUUGAGUUCAUUCAGGAAAUUUCAGAGAUACUAAUGGCUUUUGGAAUUCCACCUGAGGGAAACCUUCACUGCAGUGAAAGUGCCUCCAAGAUGAAGAGCCUCAGAGCGUGUGACCUGGUUUCUGAUAAAAGAAAUGGGAACAUAGCAGGAUCACCUUUGAAUUCCUAUGAGCUGCUAAAGGAAAAUGAGACUAUUGCAAGACUCCAAGCACUUGUUAAAAGGACUGGUGUGAGUCUAGAGAAGUUGGAGGUGCGAGAGGAGACCAGUAGCAAAAAGGAUCUUAAAAUUCAGUGUGAUGAAGAGGAAUUCAAGAUUUACCAGCUGAACAUUCAAAUCCGUGAAGUUUUUGCCAACCGGUUUACACAAAUGUUUGCAGAUUAUGAAGUAUUUGUCAUUCAACCCAGUCAGGACAAGGAAUCUUGGUUUACAAACAGGGAACAGAUGCAAAACUUUGAUAAAGCAUCUUUCUUGUCGGACCAGCCUGAACCUUACUUGCCUUUCCUCUCGAGAUUCCUGGAGACUCAAAUGUUUGCAUCUUUUAUUGACAAUAAGAUUAUGUGCCACGAUGAAGAUGAUAAAGACCCUGUUUUGAGAGUGUUUGAUUCUAGAGUGGAUAAAAUUAGGCUGCUAAAUGUUAGGACGCCAACUCUGCGCACAUCUAUGUAUCAAAAGUGCACAACCAUUGAUGAGGCUGAGAAAUCUAUUGAAUUAAGGCUAGCAAAAAUAGAUCACACUGCAGUUCACCCACACUUGCUGGACAUGAAAAUUGGACAAGGGAAAUACGAGCUUGGAUUUUUCCCCAAGCUUCAGUCUGAUGUUUUAUCCACUGGACCAGCAAGUAACAAGUGGACGAAGAGAAAUGCUCCUGCACAGUGGAGGCGGAAGGACAGGCAGAAGCAACACACAGAGCACUUGCGUCUUGACAACGAUCAGAGAGAGAAGUAUAUCCAAGAAGCCAGGAAUCUGGGCAGCACUAUUCGGCAGCCCAAACUGUCUAACCUCUCGCCAUCAGUAAUUGCGCAAACAAACUGGAAGUUUGUAGAAGGCUUGUUGAAGGAGUGCCGAAAUAAGACCAAGAGGAUGUUGGUUGAAAAAAUGGGUCGAGAAGCUGUGGAGCUAGGUCAUGGUGAAGUGAAUAUCACAGGUGUAGAAGAGAAUACCCUGAUAGCCAGUCUGUGUGACCUCUUAGAAAGGAUAUGGAGCCAUGGUCUGCAAGUCAAACAGGGAAAGUCUGCUUUGUGGUCUCAUCUGUUACACUACCUAGAAAACAGGCAGAGAAAAACUACAUCAGGCAGCUUCAGUACCUCAGGAAUACUUCUUGAUUCAGAAAGGAGAAAGUCUGAUACCAGUCCAGCCAUGUCACCUCUUAGAAUUUCUCUCAUCCAGGAUAUGAGGCAUAUCCAGAACAUUAGUGAGAUCAAAACAGAUGUUGGCAAGGCCAGAGCCUGGGUUCGUCUCUCUAUGGAAAAGAAGUUGCUCUCUAGGCAUCUAAAACAGCUGCUUUCAGAUCAUGAACUCACAAAAAAACUCUACAAGCGUUAUGCGUUCCUCCGCUGUGAUGAUGAGAAAGAACAAUUCUUAUAUCAUCUCCUGUCAUUCAAUGCUGUUGAUUACUUUUGCUUUACCAAUGUUUUCACAACAAUCUUGAUACCAUACCAUAUACUGAUUGUUCCUAGCAAGAAACUUGGUGGCUCAAUGUUUACAGCCAAUCCUUGGAUCUGUAUCUCAGGAGAACUGGGUGAAACAGGAGUCCUGCAGAUUCCCAGGAAUAUAUUAGAAAUGACUUUUGAGUGCCAGAACCUGGGAAAACUGACCACCGUGCAAAUAGGACAUGAUAAUUCAGGGCUGUAUGCCAAGUGGCUAGUGGAAUAUGUUAUGGUCAGAAAUGAAAUAACAGGGCAUACUUACAAGUUUCCCUGUGGAAGGUGGCUUGGAAAAGGAAUGGAUGAUGGCAGCUUGGAGAGGAUCCUGGUGGGAGAGCUGCUGACUUCCCACACUGAGGUUGAUGAGCGGCAGUGCCGAACCCCUCCUUUGCAGCAGUCACCAAGCAUGAUCAGAAGAUUUGUCACUAUAUCGCCAAACAAUAAGCCAAAGUUAAAUACUGGUCAGAUACAAGAAGCUAUUGGUGAAGCUGUCAAUGGUAUUGUCAAGCAUUUCCACAAGCCAGAGAAGGAGAGAGGCAGUCUGACACUGUUGCUGUGUGGAGAAAGUGGACUUGUUUCAGCUCUUGAACAAGUGUUUCAGCAUGGAUUUAAAUCACCAAGGCUCUUCAAAAACGUCUUUAUUUGGGACUUCUUAGAAAAAGCACAAACAUACUAUGAGACCCUUGAGCAGAAUGAAAUGGUCCCAGAAGAGAACUGGCAGACAAGGGCCAGGAAUUUCUGUCGUUUUAUCACUGCUAUCAACAACACUCCUAGAAACAUUGGGAAGGAUGGCAAAUUUCAGAUGCUGGUGUGUCUUGGAGCCAGAGACCACCUUUUGCAUCACUGGAUCGCCCUGCUUGCAGACUGCCCGAUCACAGCACAGAUGUAUGAAGACAUAGCACUGAUUAAGGAUCAUACUCUUGUGAAUUCUUUGAUUCGAGUGCUGCAGACCUUGCAGGAGUUCAACAUUACGCUGGAGGCAUCUCUUGUCAAAGGAAUCGAUAUUUGACCUCUUGUCCCACAGGAAAAACUGUCUUUUAAAAAAAAAAAAAAAAAAAGAAAAAGCAACAAGGAGUGAAUCUCAUUAGUAUGCAAAAGUUCUGUCUGCCAGUACAUUGUAUCGGGAACUUGUUCAUGGCCCUAAAAUGCAACCUUGGCUUUUCUUGAAGGGAACUCCAAAAAUAGUACAGGCAAAUGGAUAGAAGCUGUAAACUCAAUGUAAAAAAGAGGAUUUUGGUAUAAAUCUAUUUUAGAGUUUAUUUGCUGAUUUGCUUUUUACACACUUUCAUGUGAAAGAGAUAGAGACGAGUAUUGUGCAGCUUAUUUUAAAGCUGCAGUAUUUCCUUGCCAUAGAAAAUGUGCAGUGAGCCUUUCAGCAUUCUGUGAACUUGCCUUCAGAUAUGCUGUAUGUCAUAGACCGCGAUGUAUACACCCCAUUUCUGCUGAGAAGGUCAUUCUAUAGUUUUUAAACUAAUAUUUUAUAUAUUAACAUUAUU